UCCAUUUCCCAGCAAGCUCAGCGUUCAGCGUGCGUUAUGGAGCCGCGAGUCGCAGAGCUGAAGCAGAAGAUUGAGGACACCUUGUGUCCUUUUGGCUUCGAAGUUUAUCCCUUCCAGGUGGCGUGGUACAAUGAACUCCUGCCUCCAGCCUUCCACUUGCCCUUCCCAGGACCUACCCUGGCCUUGCUGGUACUCAGCACACCUGCUAUGUUUGACAGAGCCCUCAAACCCUUCUUGAAAAGCUGCCAAUUCCAAACACUGAGCGACCCAGUGGAUCAGUGUGUGUCCUACCACCUGAGGAGUGUUACAGAGAAGUUUCCAGAACUGCAUAUGGAAGUCAUUGCUGACUAUGAGGUCCACCCCAAUCGGCGACCUAAGAUUCUAGCCCAGACAGCAGCUCAUGUGGCCGGUGCUGCCUACUACUACCAACGACAAGAUGUGGAUGCUGACCCAUGGGGGACCCAGCACAUAGCAGGUGUGUGCAUACACCCCCGAUUUGGGGGCUGGUUUGCUAUCCGAGGGGUAAUGUUGCUGCCAGGGAUUGAAGUGCCAAGUUUACCACCCAGAAAGCCCCCAGACUGUGUGCCUACAAGAGCUGGCCGCAUCACUCUGCUUGAAGGUUUCAAUUUCCAUUGGCGGGACUGGACUUACCGUGAUGCUGUGACUCCCGAAGAAAGGUACUCCGAAGAACAGAAGAUUUACUUUUCCACCCCACCUGCCCAACGCUUGGCCCUAUUAGGCUUAGCCCAACCCUCAGAACACCCUAGCACUACAUCUGAGCAUCCUCUUUCCUUGCUUACCAAGCCUCAGAAUUCCAGGAGAGCUCGAAGCUGGCUGAGUCCAAGUGUCUCACCACCUGUAUCCCCAGGCCCUUGAUAACUUUUCCCCUGCGGCAUCCCACUCAUGGUAGAUUUAUUUUAAGUAGGAUUUGGGUUUUGAAAAACACUUAUUCCUUUAGUAUUUUGGAGACAAGGUUUCUCUAUGUAGCCCUCGCUGAACUGGAACUCCGUAGACCAGGCUGGCCUCAAGCUAACAGAUCGAUCUGUUUCCUCUGGAGUGCUGAUUUUUUGCACUGCAGAAAAACCAUUUUAUUUUGGAUAGGAUUUCCUGAUAAUAGUGCUUCAAACAGUCGAGACUCAAUUUACAUUGGUCAAGAUAAAUCAUAUGCCAAAGCAGACUCAAAAUCAGCAGUUGACUUCAAAUAUUAGACUCAUGUCCAUUACUAUUUUUCUGUAGUACUCUAAGAUACUAUUUAAGAACCAUGGUUCCCCAAGUCGGGUAUGGUGGUGCACACCUUUAAUCCCAGGCAGAUUUCUGAGUUUGAGGCCUGCCUGGUCUCAAAGUGAGUUCCAGGACAGAACAGCCAGGGCUAUACAGAGAAACCCUGUCUCUAAAAACCAAAAAAAGAAAAGGUUCCCACUGUUCCUAAAGCUGUUACCCUUUAAUGCAGUUCAUGUUGUAGUGACCUCAAUCAUAAAAUUAUUUUGUGACCUCAACCAUAAAAUUAUUUGUUGUUACCUAAUAAUUUUGCUAGUUAUGAAUUAUAAGUAUCUAAGUUUUCCAAUCUUAGGGAAUCCAGUGAAAGGGUUGUUCAACAACCCCUGGGGGCUGAGAACCAGAUUUAGCGGCUCCUAGGGGUACCCACCACAUAGAGCUAUGCUUAAUAUUUAAGUAAACUACAUUGAAAUUGACCUACAGUGUGCUAUUACUAAAGCCUCAGGCAAUCUUUUUUUUUUUUGGUUUUUCGAGACAGGGUUUCUCUGAAUAGCCCAGGCUGUCCUGGAACUCAUUUU